AUGAGGAGUCCGCGGGAGCUGGCGGACCGAUCGAAGUACUGCCGCUUCCACCGGCAACAUGGGCAUGACACUGAACAGUGUCGGGAGAUAAAAAGGCAGAUCGAGGAGCUCAUUCAUAGAGGACAUCUCGGCCAGUACCUUCGGCCGGACAAGGAACUUUUGCUGCGCCCGGAGGGUCCCAUCGAACGACAUAUCGACGUGAUAGCUGGCGGCCCCACAUCUGGCGGGGAUUCCAUGACCAGAAGAAAGGCAUACGCCCGAGCCGCCCCGGCCGAAGUUCCCAGGCAAGGGCCCGAGCCCGAGGUUACUUUCCCGGCCGGAGCAUCCGACCAAUCCGAGCACGACGAUGCGCUCGUGAUAUCGGCCAGGAUCGCCAAUGCGCAAGUAAGAAGGAUCAUGGUCGAUACCGGGAGCUCGGCUGACAUACUCUACUUCGACGCCUUCCAAAAGCUUGGCUUGUCCGGAGACAACAUGAAGCCGAUAUUCUCGGCACUCACCGGAUUCACCGGUGAUUCGAUCUCACCGCUGGAGGCAAUCACUUUGCCCUUGACCCUGGGAGCCCCACCGAGGUCGAAGACAGUGAUGACCACCUUCUUAGUGAUCGACCUCCCCACUGCAUACAACGCCAUUCUCGGCCGGCCGACCCUCAACAAAGUUAGAGCCGUCGUCUCAACUUACUACCAAACCGUGAAGUUCCCGACCCACGCCGGGACCGGAGAGGUCACGGGAAGCCCUCGAGAAUCCAAGCGCUGCUACCUGACCGUCGUUUCGUUACACAAGAGAGCAAGGGUCGAACCACCAUUGGCGAACCCUCGGGAGGCGAAGAAGCCAGCCCCCCAUCCUGAGCCGAGGGGGUCCACCAUCGACUUGCCGCUGCUAGAGAGUCGGCAAGACCAGACGGUCAAGAUCAGAUCGGAGCUACCCGAGCAAAAACGAAGGCAGCUCGUCGGCUUCCUACAGAAAAAUACCGACGUCUUCGCUUGGUCGCCAUCUGACAUGACGGGCGUCGACCCGGAGGUCGCACAACAUCACCUCAAUAUUUCACCCGACGCUCGCCCGGUAAAGCAAAAACCCAAACGGCAGGCCCCUGAUAGGCAGUUGGCUAUACGAGAAAAAGUGGGCCGACUUUUGGCGGCAGACUUCAUAGAAGAAGCCAGAUACCCACGAUGGCUAUCCAAUGAUUGCUACCCCCUUCCAAAGGUCGACCAGUUGGUCGACGCUACAGCCGGACACGCCCGCCUCUCAUUUAUGGGCGCCUUCUCGGGAUACAACCAGAUUAGAAUGGCACCCGAAGACCAAGAGCAUACGGCCUUUCUCACCUAUCAAGGGGCUUACUUUUAUAAGGUCAUGCCCUUCGGAUUGAAGAACACCGGGGCUACAUACCAGAGAACAGUGAACAAGAUGUUCGCCCACCAGAUCGGGCGGAACAUGGAAGUUUAUGUUGACGACAUGAUUGUGAAAAGCCAAGAGGCAGGAGACCACCUGGCCGAUCUGGCCGAGGCAUUUGCCACGCUACGUAAGUACGGCAUGCGACUCAACCCCGCGAAGUGCGCCUUCGGCAUCACCUCGGGAAAGUUCCUUGGGUUCAUCAUAUACGAAAGAGGAAUUGACGCCAACCCGAAGAAAGUUCAGGCGAGCAUCAAUAUGCAGUCACCUCGGACGAUCAAAGACCUGCAACGCCUUAACGGGAGUCUCAUCGCCAUGUCCCAUUUCCUUGCCCGGUCGGGUGAUCGCAGCCUCCCCUUCUUCAGAGCACUGAAGAGCCCGAAAAAUUUUCAAUGGACGGCGUAA